AUGGAGUCUGAUAAUAAUAACAUCACAAGUAAGAAUAAGUCUAAAGGGAAUGUAAAGAAAAAUGAAAAGAAAAAAAAAAUGAAGAAAAUAAAGGAUGCAGAUCUGAAAAAAGAUAAUUCCACCAAUGAAGAUAGUGUCCUCAAUAAGAGUGGGUCUCCGAGUUCUACAGAUAGUGAAGAUCUAGUCAAUGCAAUUAAUUACAACACCAUCACAUCCUUAGCAGCUUUAAAAGAUAUAAUUCAAGGUGAUAGUAAUGAUACUCCGGAAACUGAUAGUUUUUUUCAACACUAUUUUAUGAAUCACUGUAAUAAUCUCUCAAGUCGUACUUCUAAUUCGCCUUUUCCGUACACUGAGAGACGGCGUUUGUCACAGUGCCGAGAAGAGGACGAAGAUGAUUACAGAAAAGAUAACUCAUCAUCUAACUCUCCAUCAAAAGCAUACGACAUUAAAAAUGUUAGUCAGAAAAAUAAAUCACCCAAGACACACCAAGAAGUGAAGGGCAGUAAAAAAAUUCAUGAAGACAAACCCAUAGAAGAUGAGUUGUCUGAGCGAACUGUAAUGGGAGCAAAGCAUAAAUUCUUGGUUACCACGGCAGAACCUCCACAGCAAAGAGUAGAGCGUGCAUUGAGAAUGCAUGUCAACAAUGCUCAUACUGUUCAUUUUGGUACCAAAGGUGCAGAAGAGUUAAGGCCUAGUGUUCGAUCAAUAUUCACUGGUGAGAAUCUUCAUCGUGACAAAAACUAUUUUGACAGUAGUUUAAUAGAAAUUAGAUCUACUGUUGAUGGUGUACUGACAAGUUCUGAAGAUAUUUGGAUUAAGAGAACAAAUGAAAAACCAAUACAGGUAAUUUCCCCUAAAGAAGCAAAAAUUACUGUUGAUAAAACAGCUAAAGCAGAAAUGCCAGAGCAGGACCAAGUUGAACCAAUCCGAGCCCGUUCUGGAACCUGGGGUUCCCAAUCUCGUAAAGAAAAAGAUAUCAAAGUCAUUGAUGUUAAAAAAAUUAAAGAUAUACAAAAAAACAAUGACGACAGAAGGAACAAAAGAGACCAAAGAUUGGAUGCCGCCAUUACAAGAAGUACUCAAUCUGUUGGUGAAAGAAAAAGGCGAGGCUCGGCCGAUGAUGCUCAUUCUCAUCAGCUAUAUCAGCAGACAAUUCAUGGAACCACCGGGGUGAGCAGAAGACCAGCUUUGUUUGAUAUGUUCAAAUCUCGACCCCGCGGUGAUAAUAAGAAACAGCCAACUAUAAUACAGCAGUUUAAAGCCGCAAUGCAGAACAUAACAAAGGCAAAAGAAGGAGAGAAAUUAGAAGUUUCAAAACCCGAGAGCAAAACUGAUGGCGCCUCUUGUUCGAGUCAAGCAAGCAAAGUCAAAGAUGGUUCUGCGCAUCCGCAUCCUAGUAGCGACGCUAAAUACUAUCACACAGUAACGGUGCCAGCCUCGCGUCGUCCCAGCGCGAUAAGCAAAGUGAUUGAAAUGUUCCGCGGUAGACAGUCAGUUCCAACACAUUCUGGCUCGUUUGACGCGGAUAAACGGCGAUCGGUUUGGGUUGAACUAAUUGUUGUUCAUGCUAAGUUUUUGUAA